UUCUUUGCGAGUCGCAAUCGCUACGUCAUUAUACUGUGACAGUACAUUCCCGUCCGUGGUCUCGAUUUGUUUACAUUAAACAGCAACGAAGGGGGUUUUGUGAGGAUGACGGACCAGAAAGCCGAGAAUAUUAGCUCUAUCCCCAUCGAUGCGUUCAGCAAUUUAAGAAUUACGUCGAUAUGGACGUUUCUGAUGUCUGUGCAGUGGUCGGAGCCGUGGCUCGUCGGGCUGUUGGUGUUUCAUGCUGUGUGUUUGUGUUUGACUGUGGUGACCUGCAGGUAUUACAGAGCUCAGAUACUUCACUUCCUGCUCAUGGUUAUCCUGGUGUACACUGCUGAAUAUCUAAAUGAGCUGGCAGCCAUGAACUGGAAUUCCUUUUCGAAUUUCCAGUACUUUGAUUCCAAGGGCAUGUUCAUAUCUUUGGUCUACUCUAUUCCUCUUCUGCUGAAUACCGUCAUCAUUGUGAUGGUGUGGGUGUACAGGACCUUUUCAACCAUGACUGAGCUGAAGACACUUCAGCUCAAGCGGAAGGCGUGCAGAGAGAAGAGAGAGAAGAAUGACUGAUCCCUCUGCUCAUGUCCAAAAAUGGGCUUCAGCUUGGAGGAAUUGCGAAUCGACGUCUCUGCUACGCUAAUCCGAAAUUUUGGAUAAGGAAGACAGAUUUUUUCUUGUUACUGUAAAAGGAUUGCUCGUUGCAUGUGGGUCAGGACUGGAUGUUUUAGGUAACGGGUGGUAAAGGUGGCUGCUGGAUGCACGGCACACUAUGGGAUUUACAAGGACCAAAGGACAUUUACUGUUUUAUAUUUAUAGUUGACAAAAAGUGUGUUAAACGGCACAAAGAAAAAGAUAAAGUGUUUCUGGAUGACUUU